UGACGUCAAAAAAGAGGGGGUAAAAAAAGAAAAGGGGAAAUUGGGAAUUAAACAUACUAGGGCUUUGAAUUCCCUUUUGGGAUUUUGACAAAAGCCCUAAAAUACAAAAUGCGUGGUGGCACUAGAACAACUAGACAACAGCAGCAGCAGCAUCUUCAACAACAACAACAACAACAGCAUCUCACUAAAGGCUCUACCGUUGAAGUUACUUCCGACGAAGAAGGAUUCAAAGGCGUUUGGUUCGGUGGCACCGUACUCCGUCUCUGUAAGAAUAAGGUGUUAGUCGAAUACAAGAGUAUUGUUGCUAACGAAAAUGGGUCGGAUCCAUUGAGAGAACUUGUUAACGUUUCAUUUGUGAGGCCGGUACCACCGGUUGAACUAAUUGAGGGGUACGAGUUAGAAGACGUUGUUGAUGCGAAUUAUAAGGACGGUUGGUGGACUGGGGUUGUAACUAGGGUUUUGGAAGAUAAUAGGUAUCAAGUUACUUUUAGUAAUCCGCCUGACGUACUUGAAUUUGGUGUGUCUGAAUUGAGACUUCAUAAACAAUGGGUCAAAGGGAAUUGGGUCUUACCCGGGAAGCAGACUCACUCAUGUUUAGUGUGGGGAAGAAUGUGGAAGUAUCUUUUGAUAAAGAUGAUCGCCGUGAUGCUUGGUUUCCCUCAAAAGUAGUUGAACAAUGUGAAAAUGGCUCUUUUUUGGUGGAGAGGUAUCGGACAAUCGACAAAAAGGGGCGUAUUGACAAUGUAACAGUUGAUUCCUCCCAUAUCCGACCUUUACCACCGCAUAUCAAUAGGAAGAAAUUCAAUUUGCUGGAAAAAGUGGAUGCAUUUUAUGAUCUUGCCUGGUGGAGUGGUAUCAUCACUAGAGAGCUUGCUGAUAAUAGGUAUAUUGUCUUUUUUAAGCACACAAACAAGGAGAAGGAGUUGAGUGACUCUGAUUUGAGACCUCAUAUGGAUUGGAAAGAUGGGCAGUGGUUUACUACCUCUCGGGACCUUCCAAUUCCUUCAGAUUGUCAAACUAAUGGAAGCAAUAACUGCACUGACACUAGUAUUUCACAAAAGGAUGUUCCUCUUGACGGAUCAAGCAUUAUGAAUGAGACAUCUGAGGAAAAAACACAACGUUCUGUGAAGUAUAUAGAGGAUCUUAAUGAGCCACAUUCAACUGAUGAGAUUUCACCGGAGGAGACAUUGCAAAAUGUCCUUCCCAGCUGUGAUUCUGCAUCUCCACAUCCCGCAGAGCUGCCCAAAGACAUGUCACUUGAAGCUUGUAAUCUUAGUUCAAAGCUUUCCAAAAAACCCCGUACAAAGAGUCCCUUUAGUCAUACUAGCCCAAAAUCUGAAUACGCUGAAAAGAAGAUUUCAGUACCUGUAGCUGUCGAUGAGCAACCCCAUAACCGCUCUUGGCAGAACAGAACUAGGAAGAGAUGCCAGGAACUAGGUGAAGAAAAGAAGGGUGGGGCACUUGAAAAGUUGCGACGCCUAAAAUCUCCUACAACAGGUAACAAGGAUAUUGCACUAGAAAAUGCUGCUGACGUUACUCAAAAACGUUCUACACGUAAAGAAACUGAUGUUCCUGUCAUCAUAGGGUUGGAGUGUACUAAAGUUAGGAGCUCAAAGACUAAAAGAACGCGUCAGAUUAAUAAUGAAUCUUUGGAGCCUAUCGGAGAUCAGAAGCAGAUUGAUGCUGCUGUAGAGGGUAUACAGGAGGAGAACAAACAAUUAGGUGAUGAAGAGGGCAGUAGUCAGAAAAAAAGAAGGGGAAGACCACCUAGGAAAUUGCUUAAUGCCCUAGAAGAUAUGCAACCAAGCGGAGAUCAUUCAAAAGAUGAGAUUUUAGAUCCCGUUGAGCUAGCAAUUAUGGUUAAUGAAGAUGGUAAGGAGCAACUAGAGGUUCCAGCAGGCCCCAGCAAAAAAAGAGGCAGGACGAAGAAGAUGACCCCAACAAAAAUGUCAAGUGAAAAAGCAAUUCAGUCUUCGUCCCAGCAGCAUGAGAAGCAUUACGUGAAGAGGGAAAAACGACAAGCAAAAUCUUUAAAUAUUGAAUCUCAAGCUCAAGGUUCUGUUGACUCUUCUGCAGUGAAAACUGCUGAAUCAAACAAGAUAGCAACCGAAUGUGAGGAAGCUCUUGCUGAAAUACCCUUCAACGGAUUUGAUGAUCAACCCCUUGCAAAGUGGUUUGAAGAAAUACAGUCUCCUACUUCUGUUGAUGGAUUGAGAAUUUCACCUGCACGUAGUCCGAAGCAAUCUGCUGAGAUGUGGGAGAAACAAGACAUGCCCAUGCAAACUCCUGUCAAUGGGACCCCAGCAACUCAAACUGCAACCCAGAGCUUGCCAUUUGUGAAAAAUACACUGCUUUGGUCAACAGUUGAAGCCAUGGAUAUUUUCAAGAGGAUUCCUCAGAAGCCACAUUUCAAUCCGUUGCUACAAUGUAAAGAGAGUUCCCGUGAAGGAAUGGCUAUAGGUCAUAUGGUUACCUUUUUAAGCAUAGUAGAGAGGACUUCUAGACUGCACUUUGACGAUCCUAGAAGUAGCUUUCAGGAAAUCUUGGAGACUCUCAGUGACUUGGAAACCCAUGGAUUUGAUGUGCAGCUUGUGCGAGAUCGUAUAACGGAGUUGUUGUUGAUGAAAGAUAAGCGGGAAAAGCUUGAAGUCCAAGUUGCAGAUAUUGAUAGUCAGAUUAUCGCUCAUAACAUGGACAAAGAACGUAUUGAUGGAGAAAUUGAAGAGAUCAAUAAACAAAUAGCAGAAUUACAGGAUAAGCUAUCCCUGGCUACCUCAAGAAAGGUGGUUAAGGACCGUGAAAUUGAUGGUUUAAGGUCUAAGUUGAUGGAUAUUCAAGCAGACACGAAGAAGGCACAUUCUGAAUUUGACAGUCUCACUAGUAAACCUCUUUAACUGCUGCCAGCAUGUCACAAUUGAUGGUUUCUCUUCAAGCAUGGGUUGCUGCUAUUGCUUGAAUGAUAUAUAAUCACUAGUAUCUUAGUUUGGUAGGUGCUUUUAGACCAUUUGGCGAUCAUGCCAAAUGUGUAUAUGUCCUGUCUAGGUAACUUCGUUGGAAUAGUACAUGUUUUUGGAUGGUCUAUGGUUUUUCAGCUCCAGACUACUUUUUGUGAACCUGAAGGUUCAAAAUGACUUUGGAAACUGAUUUAACCAUGGGUUUCCUUGUAUGUGAUGAAUCUGAUGCCGUAGUUGAUUGGUCCUCUGUUAA